GCUGCAGCAAAACAUAAGAGAGAAAACAAUGUGUGGUAAAAGGGCAGCUGGACCUCACCAAACACAGUGACUGAACAUGGCCAGCCGGGGCAGAGACGGCCUUCGUGGCCGCUCGGGAGAGCCCGUCGGUUGCCUCAAAUCGACGCGAAUCUCCUGCCAGGAUGAACCGUCCGCAGAGACCGAGGACACCGCGGAGUCGCAGCGGGAGCUGCCGCGCUGGAUGCGGCUUUACUUCUACGGUAUGCACGGCGUGACUCUGGAUGUCCUGCUGUCAUCGUUACAGCGGGUUUUAAAAUACAGGGACCCUAAACUGGUGGGUUUUUCCUCUCCUUAUCUCUGCAUUAUGCAUUCACUAACCCACUUUGCGUUGGAGAAGAUCUACUCCCAGAAGAGGUGCUUCCGAGGUCGGCCUGUGGUGUUUCAUCUGGUUUUCUAUCCGUCUGUGUACAUUGGGCUGCAGAUCCUGAUAGGGAAUAUCAACACUUUAGCUGAGCAGGUGAGGAUGGUGUCUGGGACUCAGCUAGCAGUGCAUUACAUCCUGGCUCUUUAUUUCUCCCAGGUUUUCCACAGAGGGCUUUCAAAGCUGCAGUAUCACCCCUCCUCAUGCACCUCCGCACCCUCGAGGAAACUGCUCCCGGAGGAGAGCACACAUUCCCGGGUGCCUCUCCACGGUCUCCCCGGCUUUGUGCGGUUCUUGUUCUUCGGGAUGCACGGCUUCCUGGACGAGGUGCUUUUCACUUCAGUUUUCAACCUCGUGGAGAAGUCCGACCGGACCCUCAGUGGACACACGUCCCUGUGGUCCUUCCUCAUGUACGGGAGCUGCAGCUUCGUGGUGGAGAAACUCUACCUCCACCUGCACUUCAGCAGAGGGUGGGGGACGUGCAGGAGGCUCCCCAUCUACAUCUGCUUCAUCUACACCUGGGAGUUCUGCUGGGGGCUCACCCUGAGGCAGUUUGAUGCCUGCUCUUGGGACUACUCCCAUUACCCUCACAACUUUAUGGGACUCAUCACCCUCCUUUACCUGCCAGGCUGGGUCUGCCUCAGUUUCUACCAGGACGUCCUGUCCAAUGUGCUUCUGAGGAUCAAAUGCACCAAAGAUGCUAUUGAAAAAAGUGAAGGGAAUGGAGAAGUUAAUGGGCAACUGGAGAAAAAACACAUCUAAUUGAUGUUUUUGGACGUUGACCUUCCAAAAUUAUCUGACGUUAAUUCAUUAUUUAUAUGUUAAUAAACAAUUCAGAGGUGUAAAAUGAAAAUAUGGGACCAGUUUGGCUUCAAAACUACAAAAAAAAACCUAGUAUAACAUAUCAGCUAACUUGCCACGUCUCAAAGUAUUUAAUUGUUUGAGUUUUUUAAAAAUUAGAAUAUACAAAAACACUUGGUGCAAUUAAUAAUUUUAAUUAAGUUAAACUGAAGUUAUCUUGAGCCUUUGCAGUUGUUACUGGUCCUCAGAAGAGACAUUUUUCAGUCAGCUCCGCAAAGUUGGACAUUUUGGUCCUGUAAACGCAACUAAAGGACUUCAAACGUUUACCAGAUUUGUUUAAAUUUUGUUAAAAUACUGCCAUUUCUAUCUAUUUAAUGUAAAAUAUAGCUGUAAUAUUUUACAAAGCCACAUGACCUUGGAAUUGUGAUUAUUUUUAAUGACUGCAGUUUCAGACUGUGUUGAAACUUUCACAUUAAAGCUCCUGUGAGGAAUUAUUCAACUGGCUAUGAAACAGGCUAGAAUUAAUGCUGAGGCAUCUCUUUGAUCUGAAAAAGCAAACAAGGUCAACAGCAUACAGAUUCAUUAUUUUUAAUGAGUUACUUUUUACUGCCUGAAAACAGUGCUGCCAGGGGGUAGGUGUCAAGACAAGAAUAUAAACAGCUGCUGCAGAAAAAAUACUGUUUAUAUUUAAGAGAGUGGUACGAUUGGCUUAAAGGAGAGCAGUUAGAAGUGCUAUUUCGCAUUAGAAAACAAGAUCAGACAACAACAGGGUGUACCUCCUUGUCCCCGGGGUGCCAAAAUCAAUACCUAUUAAAAGUUCCUCACAGGAGCUUUAACCUCCUGAGACUUGGGCUUUUGUUUAGGAUGCAAUUUCCUUUCAGAUUAUUAGAGAUUCUCAAGACAUUACAAAUACAUUUGCCUCAAAUUUCCAAGACAUUGCCAGAAAUCUCAGUGAAAAUUCUCAUACAUGUUUUUAAAAUCCUAAAAACUACCCCAAAAUUUCCUCAGACAUCCCUUAAAUGUUUCAGUGAAAAUUCAUGAUAAAAGCCUGCAGAUUUAAAUAAGUUUCCCCCCAAAAAAUCCAUGAAUAUUCCUAAAAUUUUAAGCAAUUUCCUCAAAAUUUCAAAGCAAAAUUCCAUUCAAAAUGUACAUAAAACCAGAGGAAGUUCCCCUCCAAAAUUCCAUUCAAUUUCCCAAAGCAUACAAAUAAAUUCCCCAAAUUUAAUAAAAAUGCCAUUAAAAAAACAAAGUAACCCCCCCCCCCCAAAAAAACUCCAGUAUUGCAAACAUAUCCCCCAAAUUUUUAGGAAAAGUUCCUGAAAAUUAAAGCAAAUCCUACAAAAUUUCAAAGCAUUUUCCAUCCAGAAUUUCCAAUCAAAUUCCCAAAGUUUUACAGUUUCCCCUUAAAUUUCAUGGUAAAGAUGGAAAAUAUUCAAAAGCAUUCGCCUGAACAUUAAAACAAAUUUCCCUAAAAAUUAAGAGGAAAAUUUCCUCAAAAUUUCAGUUCAAUUUCGCAAAACAAAACAAAUGAAUUAUAUUAAAAAUUAAAUUCCCAAAAUUUCAUAAAAAUACCUUAAAAUUUUUAAAUUUUAAAAGAACCCAGUAUUGCAAACAUAUCCCAAGAAAUUUUAGGAAAACUGAAGUCUUGAAAUGUAAAUAAUAUCCCCCAAAGCAAAUUCCCAAAGUUUUACAAGUAAUUCUCCCCAAAAUGUUGUGGAAAAUGGAAAAUACCAUACAAAUUCCCAUAAAAAUUCAGGAAAUUUGAGGAAAUGUCUUCUUUGUCCUAAAAUUAAACUGAUAAUAAAUGUAUGAAUAAGUACAUUUCACAAAUUUUCAUAAAAGUAUCAAAAUGUAUAAAACUCAAAAUCUCCAAAAUUAACAAACGUAUACCCAAAUUUCUAGUGUAAAAAAAAAAAUGUAAAUUGAAAGCAGAUUCCUCCAACAUUCAUAGCUUAACUUCUGUGGAUAUUCCGGACAAUUAACUAAAAAAUUCUAAUAGCAGAUAUUAUGACUUUUUAGUAAGGAAGCCAAAUGUAAAGUCCUCAUAUGUUCAUGCAGGGUCUCAGGAGGUUUAAGUCAUUUUGGCAAGUGUACUGUAUUUUCAGUGUAAUUGUUUUCAUCAUUUAUAUUUGCACUAGCAUGCUUCAGCGAUAAUCUCUUAUAUCUGCAUGCUCAUAAGUAUGAAAAAACAACAUGUGGAACAUUUUGUUUGAAAGUUUCAAGUUUAGUUCAACAAAACAUGCGACCAAAUAUUUUAAAAUCAGUAUUUUAAACUGGGUAGUGCUGUAGUGUUUUUAAAUGGUAGUAACUUUUAAAGAUUAAAUUACAGAUUUUAACUCCCCUUUUGUCAAUAAGACCCCAGAAAUAUGCAUGCCAGCUAUUAGAGUAGAUGAACCCAGCACUAAAUGUAGCAGGAGAACAUGUAGCUGAAAGAAUACAUGAGCAUAGUGAGAUUUUACUGUGAUCAGGAACCAAACAUUACUGUGCUGGAGUGCCUUCCUGUACAUCUCUUCACUUUAGCUUAUCAGACUUAUGUGCAAACAGGUGCUCAUAACAACGUAAAAUAUCCAACUAAUUUAAAUUAAUCAGUGAAGGUGGCUUUAUAUCCAUGAGGCUGCAGAUUCAGAUGCCUUGUCCUCUUAUUUGGCACACCUUAUUAUACUCACAAGCUCCUGUUGUAAAUAAUCAUGGUUAAACGGACUUUCAACUGCUCUGAACUUCCCUUUUCAGAAUGAGUCAGUGUCUUGUGAAGUCAUAUUCUCAUAAGUGCAAACUGAUUUGCCUCAAAAUGAAGGUAGUCUUCCCAAAGUGCACGAUGUGUUAAGCAGCACAGAGCUGAUAGAAAGAGUCAAAUAAAAUAUACUUGGUUAAAAUCAGCCCAGUUGUAAUAUUGUACACAGAAAUUAUAAACCAAGAAGAAUUUGCUAUGGAUGAGAUAAACUGCAUCUGCUUACUCUGACUUCCAAAUGAGCUUUACAUUGUCCGUCAGCCUUAUUGAAUACCCAAUCAAAGUACCUUACACUGUGACUAAACUAAUGUUAAUAAAUCUCAUAAUGCUAAUUUAUGAAGCUUCCCUUAAACAAUCCUACAUAAAUAAGGGUGGGAUUUUUCUGAUCUAUUUGAUAGGCUUAAUAUCUACUGGAUGUAACGUUUGAAUGAAUGUUCUGCCUGUUUUAAUGGUUCAGUAAUCCUUGUAAUACAUUUUAAAACAUAUUAUGAAUAAUCUUUGGUGCCCCCAUGUAUGAGGUUGGGAAAUUAAAAGAAAAAA